AUGAAUGCUCUUGUCGAAAGGAUAAACAAAACUAUCAACAAUUUGAAGAGUAAAAAUGACUUCUUAAAUGAGCAGAAACAACACUAUGAGAACAUUAGAAGCCAUCUUUUAGCAUACGACGGGAAGCAAUUUAGGCUAUUGGAGGAGAAAGACGGACAAUCUGGGAUCAAAGGACUCGUUUUUGGUGAAAUUAUCAUUUCCUCGAAAAUAUUUCUGAACCUUGGCUAUGAAUUCUUCGUCGAGAAGACUCAAGGUGAGGCCAUCAGAUUUGUGACAAGCAAGAUCGAGUUGAUGGAGGACGCUAUUAGAAGUUUCGAAGAGAAAAUCACGGAAACUGAAGGCACUUUAAAGACCAUGCAAGAUAUCGCUAAUCAUGAGAAUUCUGAGGCUGAGGUCGCCGGACAAGGUCUUGUGGAGGAUUACAAAAAUGAGGAUGGAUUACAUUUCAUGGAAAUUCGCGAGGAACUGGAUGAAGAAGGCAACGUAAUUGGUUCAGCGGUGAAACCAACUUCUGUAGAAGCUGCAUUUACUCCUAACCCGCGAGAUUCGGAUCAAGAUCACAAACAUACAAAAAUUGAAGAGAUUGGGCGCUCCGACGGUGAGAAGUUUGAUUCAGAAUUUGAAAAUGGAGUUCGUGGGAUUUUCGAGACGCGAAAUCAACAGCAAAAUGAUCGUGCGCAGCCCACUGCUAGUAACAUUGAUACCGAUCAAUUCUAUACACUUGACGAGAUGGUACGUCAGCUAGACUUGCAAGAUAACGAAGAAGAUGGCGAAAUUGAUGAGAAUGAUAUCUGCUACGACUUUGACUCUUAUAAGGAGCAACACAUGGCCUCCGGGGACGAGAGUGAUGAAGAUGAGGACGAUGAAGACGAUUACAACUUCCAAAGCUCUGGAAAAAUGCCUUUCAUAGUACCGGGCCGUGCAAAAUCGUCUUUCAUGGAACAAAUAUCAAAGUUGAGAGAGGAAAAGCUUAAAACGCAGCCUCAAAUUCAAAAUAGGCCUAUUCUUAAGGAUAGCAAGCCUCAAGAAUCACCCAAAUCCUCUAAAUCAAAAAGAUCGGUUGGUUUUGCACCCGAACUAGAUAUCUACGAGGUCGACAAUGUUAAAGCUGAAACCAAAAAUAAUACAUUCAAAGCAUUUACAGCGGAGGCUCCGAGUCCGCAACUAGACGCGGACGGAUUCGAUCCAGAUCUCUUUGCCGAACUUAUCGGCGCUAAGUCAUCAGAUGCUCUUCACGAAAAAUAUGAGAAACAGGAGAAUGAGGGCGUCAGCGAUACUAAACCUGUUAAGAUACCAAGGGUCUCUCGUUUCAAGAAGGACCGCCAAGCCACGAGCGCCGCCCAAGAUUCACAGAAGCGUUUGCCCUCUGCAGAUUCUGCUGAAGCCAAGAGCGCGGUGGGCGAUAUCGUCGAGAGAAUGGUGGAGAAAGAGAAAUAUACUAGUCCCGGGCAAGACGCUGAUAUUUCAGAAGGCGAGAAGGGAAAGGAAUUUCGUAAAGACUCUUCAGACGCAUUACAAGAAGUCGUAUCUCGUCCGUCGGUUAAUUAUCACGCUCUUGGCACCAACGUGGACGAUAUGGCUCGCGCAUAUCUGCUAGGGAUGUAUGACGACGACCUGGAUGAUGCAGGGGUCGUUGUGGAAAAGCUAGAAGAUUUUCCGGAGUAUAAUGAGAAAGCCGAGUCGCUAAAGCCAGAAGUCGAGCGGUUUGUACGAGAAAAUCCAAUGCAGAGCUCAUCUAGUGCAGAUUUGGAUACUAACGCAACCAAAGCAAGAGAUGAAUUGGAUUCGGUUCAGUCCGAUGCCCUUUUGACUGACAUUGUUGAAAAAGACGUCCCGGUGGAAGAAACGCCUGAUGAUGACGAUCUUUUCUACGAUAAUCUAAGCUCAGAAGUAGCUACUGAAUAUACCAAGCUGCGACACCGUUUGAUUGCUACCCAGUCCAAUAUUGUUGAUUCCGAAGCAGAGCUAGAAUUCGAACCUAUCGACGAGCAUGGCAAUCCAGUUAGAGUUAGCAAAUUUAAGAGCGCGAAGCUUAGAACUUCAUUUACUCGCGCGCUAUAG